AGAAGAAGAAGAAGAAGAUGAGUUGGAGGAGAGUGUUGAAGUCGGUGCAGGCUUUGGUAGCGCAUAGCCUUCUUUUCUGUUUCACGCUUUUGCUUCUGCUUAAGCUUGAUCAUGUCGUUUCUUACUCUUGGUGUUGCUCAAACUGCUUCCAAAAUCAGAAAGGAGAGUGAAGUUUACGAAUUCUGGAAUGUCAAACAACUAAUCAUCCAAGCAAAGGAGAAAAGCAGCUGUUCUUCCUCUCAUGUUUUCUAUGUAGAGAAAUAGAUUAUAAGAAAUUCAGUAUUGUAUCCAUUCCAUCCAAAUUCAAUCAUGUAAACUUCAUAAGUUGUUUAUUCAAGCUUUUUAAUUUUAGCUGUUGAAAACUGAUUUGACAUUCAGUACUAUCGGGUUUUCUUCCAACUUAUUAACAUAUUUGGGAAUUUCAUGGCUCAAGAGGGUACCUUUGUUGUGAUUGGACAAUAGAGAAAGAAAUCUAGGGAUAUGGGGGUGCCAGGGAUAUGAUGUGGGUGAUGGCGAGAUGGAUUAGUGAGUUUUUGCUCUGAUGGAGUGGAUAUCAGAUACAAGGAGGGUUCAGUUGUGGGAGCUAGUUUGACUUGACCACAACUGUGCAUGUAGAUGAUGAGGACUUGGAGGCUGGGGGUGUUGGAGAUGCUAGGUGAUUUUUUUCCAUUCAAAGAAGAGCUUGAAGAAGAUAAUAUUUUUUCCACUUUGGAUGUUUCAUGGAGUUGCUGCGCGUGGAAGAUUUUCAUUACCUGCUCCUUCAGUCCCCCAUAAUCGUCAGUGGGCACCAUGUCAUGCCAUUGUUGCGACACCACUACUUAUAGCAUUUGAGCUGCUUCUUUGUAUAUAUCUUGAGAGUGUAAAUGUUCACGGUUUUCCUGCUGUAAACUUGAAGAUUGUCUUUCUUCCAUUGUUGGCGUUUGAAAUAAUUAUUUUAAUUGACAAUUUCAGAAUGUGCAGGGCUCUGAUGCCAGGAGAUGAUGAAAGCAUUAGUGAUGAAGCAAUAUGGGAGACACUACCUCACUUCUGGGUUGCAAUUUCUAUGGUCUUCUUUGUUGCUGCUACAGUCUUCACUAUUCUGAAGUUAUGUGGUGAUGUAGGUGCUCUUGGCUGGUGGGACUUGUUUAUAAAUUUUGGUAUUGCUGAGAGCUUUGCUUUUCUUGUCUGUACAAAGUGGUCUAAUCCAGUAAUUCAUAGAAACUCUCCUGCAAGAGAAGCUGGUCCAUCUACCACAACAUUCAGAUAUCUUGACUGGAACGGUGGAUUAGUAGUUACUCCAGAGGAAGAUCAGCAGCAGGAUACAAUCUGUGGUCUGCAAGACAUCGGUGGUCACAUUAUGAAAAUUCCAAUAAUUGGUUUUCAAGUCCUCCUCUGCAUGCGUUUAGAGGGAACACCUGCUGGUGCUAGACAUAUACCACUUCCAAUUUUGUUCUCUCCUCUUUUCCUAUUGCAUGGUGCUGGUGUUCUAUUUUCUGCAUCAAGGUUAAUAGAGAAAAUUGUACUUUUACUACGGAGUGGGGCUGGCACAGGAUUAUACUUCAGAUUUUCAUCAAGAGCGCAUGAUUGCUUGGGAUUCUUGCACCAUGGCUCUAGGUUAUUGGGUUGGUGGUCAAUUGAUGAAGGAAGUAGAGAGGAACAGGCCCGACUUUACCAUGAUGGGGCUUCUGGGUAUAAUACCUUCUCUGGUUAUCCACCUGAGAUAGUUAAGAAAAUGCCUAAAAAGGAUUUAGCUGAGGAGGUAUGGAGGCUUCAGGCAGCUCUUGGUGAGCAAACAGAAAUAACAAAAUUUAGCCAGCAGGAGUAUGAAAGACUUCAAAAUGAGAAAGUCUUAUGUAGGGUUUGCUUUGAGAGAGAAAUUAGUGUGGUUUUGCUCCCCUGUAGGCAUCGUAUUCUUUGCAGUACCUGCUGCGAGAAGUGUAGGAAAUGCCCAAUCUGUCGUGUCUGCAUUGAGGAACGUUUACCUGUAUAUGAUGUUUAACUUCUAACUUGGCAACUUUGCUGUAUAAAUGGGAGUGUGCGGUGAAGAUCAAAUAACUUUAGACAGGUCAGAUGUUUUUAUAAAGUUUUCACAGUGGAGGGUGUUGCCUGUUUGAAAUGACAUAAGCUAGUAUAGAAAUAUAGGAAUGCACAUGCUAUAAUUACAACAAGAUUUUCCCCCUUAUUCUUUUAACUUUAGAAAAUGUAAAUAUAAUUUCAUCAUAGAAAUGAUCUUGUGACAUGGGCUUGUAAGAUUUUGCUUGCUUGUUAGCUGGCAUUGAUAGUACAGAAUGACAUGUUUCAAUCCUUUUUUUCUUUUAUUUUAAAA